AGGCAUAAACAACCCACUCUGUUCCCGACAUACAAUAUUCUCCCUCUCCUCGGCUCUGCUCUGCUCUAUCAUCAUCAGAAGAAGAAGAAAGCAUGUUAAUCAUGUUCAGGGCUGUGCAGCUUUUGUCCGUUGUCACUACUAGUUUUCUUUUUCUUUCAAACAUACCAUUUUCAUCUUCAUCCCAACACUCCCCCCCUUUUCCCACUCAUCACACAUCAUCGGCAGAGUUGAAGAGCGGGAGGGUGGUGCUUGAAUUAAUGGUUAAUAGGGGUAGAAGAGAGAGAUUUCUCAGUGGUGGUGGUGGUGAUUCGGAGGAACAACUAAACUCAAGUCUUCUUGUUUUGGCUGCAAAGACAACUUACAGGAAAGAUCCACUCAAUCAUUUUCACAAGUACACUGGUGGUUGGAACAUCAGCAAUCCCCACUACUGGGCUUCUGUAGCUUACACUGCUGUUCCAUUUUUCUUUAUUGGGGCAAUCUGGUUUGUGGUGUUCGGCAUUUCCUUGACUCUCAUAUGUCUCUGCUUCUGUUGCUGCCGAAAGGAGCCCUACGGCUAUUCUCGAAUUGCUUAUGCCCUCUCCCUCAUUCUCCUCACACUCUUCACAAUUGCUGCUAUUGUUGGAUGUGUUGUGUUGUACACGGGGCAGGGGAAAUAUCAUAGCAGUAGUAUGAGCACUUUGGAGUAUGUUGUACAGCAGGCAGACACCACUUCCGAGAAUCUUAGGAAUGUGUCUCAGUAUCUUGCUGCAGCCAAGCAAAUUAACGUUGAUCAAGUCUUUCUUCCUUCUAAUGUCCAAUCCGACAUUGAUCUCAUCCAGAACAAGAUCAACUCUUCUGCUAACAUACUUUCCUCUCAAACACAAGAUAAUUCUCAUAAAAUCAAGAAUGUCAUUGAAUCUGUGAGGCUGGCUCUUAUCGUACUCUCUGCUGUAAUGCUUCUUUUAACCUUCCUCGGAUUCGUGUUUUCAAUCUUUGGAAUGCAGUUUCUUGUCUACCUGUUGGUGAUUGCUGGAUGGAUUCUUGUGACUGCAACAUUCAUAUUGUGUGGCAUUUUUCUUCUUCUCCACAAUGUGACUGGAGAUACAUGUGUGGCGAUGAGUCAGUGGGUCGAAAAUCCAACAGCUCACACAGCACUAGACGAUAUACUGCCUUGUGUGGAUAAUGCAACCGCACAAGAGACAUUGACUAAGAGCAAGGAAGUAACAUCACAACUAAUCAACUUAAUGAACACCGUAAUCACUAAUAUAUCCAACAACAAUUUGCCCCCAAACGUGGCCCCAUUCUACUACAAUCAAUCUGGUCCGCCUGUCCCAAACCUAUGCAAUCCGUUCAAUCCUGACCUGACCGAUCGAGCUUGUACACCUGGCGAAGUGGAUCUCAGCAACGUUACACAGGUUUGGAGCGGGUAUGUGUGUGAAACGUCAGGAAAUGGGGUAUGCGUGACAAAGGGUCGUUUGACAAGGGAUAUGUAUAGUCAGAUGAGUGCAGGUGUGAAUGUGAGCUAUGGAUUGUACAAGUACGGACCGUUUUUGGUGAAUCUUGAGGAUUGUACAUUUGUGAGAGAAACGUUCACGGAUAUAAACGGGAGGUAUUGUCCUGGGCUGAGAAAGUACAGCCAGUGGAUAUACAUUGGGCUUGUGAUGGUUGCUACGGCCGUCAUGCUGUCUCUCUUGUUCUGGGUCAUUUACGGCAGAGAGAGGCGCCACCGAGUCUAUACCAAAGAGCACAUGCCACACCACCCUGCAGGUUUUCAAGCAGACAAAUAAUAUUCUAUAUAUAUAUACAUAAUCCUAGUUAUAUACAUAUGCGUAGCAGCUGAUGAGCUGCUGCUGUAAAUACUUACUGGCCGGCUGCUGCAGUUUGUAAAUGAAACAAAGUAAUCUGAAAUUGUUUUCCCUGUCCUCAACUAUUUUAUAUAUAUAUAUAUAUAUGUUAUUUUGUAAGAAGAAUAAACGAAGAUAAGAUGGAAUUAAUAA